AUGACUUCUAAAAAAAAUAAGAAAGAAAAGAAAGAGAAAGUAUACAAACCACCACCAGAAGAGUUUAGUGUUCCGGGAACAGCGUUUACUGUUGAUUGGCACGCACAUACAUUACCAGAAUAUAUUCAUUCUUUCUUAAGCCAUGCUCAUACAGAUCACUUGGCAGGUGCAGGAUCAUUCAGAAGUCCACGUGUUAUGCAUUGCACACCAAUUACAGCCAAAAUGGUUUUGCUAAAAUAUCCAAAAUUAAAUGGCUGUAUAGAAACUCAUGAAAUCGGUAGUACAAUUGAAAUUGAUGGCACAAAAAUUACAUUUCUAGCAGCAAAUCAUACACCUGGCAGCGCGAUGUUUUUCUUCGAAUUGCCAAAUGGGAAAAAGAUCCUUCAUACAGGAGACUUCCGAGCAGAACCAGAAGUUGUUGAGGUUGCUCGAAAUUACGGCCCGGUUGAUCGAUUGUAUAUGGAUUGUACAUACGCAUGCUCAAAAUUACAAUUUGUUUCCCGAAAAGACUGCGUAAGUUUCAUUAUUGAGAAAGUAAAAGAAGCAAUGAAUAAUAAUUCAUUAGUUGUAAUCGGUACAUACACAAUUGGAAAGGAAGAAUUAGUUAUUGAAGCUGCAAACGCAACUUGCCAGAAGAUAUAUGCUCCAAAAGCUCGUUUUGAAACAUUGCAAGGCCUUAUCAACAGUGGAUUUGCAAAACCAGAGCUUUUUUCAGAAGAUCCUUACUUAACAAGAAUUCAUCUGCUCCCAAUUCAAGAAUGCGGUAAAGAAAAGGUAUCAUUGUAUGCAGCUUCGAUGGGAUUUGACUCUGUUACUGCUAUUAGACCAUCAGGAUGGAACGGAAGGCCAUUUUGGCGCUGUCCAACAUUUGAUAUCUACAAUGAGAUCAAAGUUACCAGUUACGAUGUACCAUAUAGUGACCAUUCAUCACCAAUGGAACUGACUGAGUUCGUAAAAGCUGUAAAACCAGCGAAAGUCAUCCCUACAACAACAAAAAACAAAAAAGAGAUCGAAAAGAUACAAAACUCGUUCCUUCCUUACAUGGAUAAGGCCAAGGUGAAGGGAUUCAUUGAAUAUUAUAUGUCUCCUCCUCGUCCAAAACUUCCAAAAAAAGAUCAACCUGGAAUCUCAUUGGAUAUUCCAUAG